AAAUCCUCUCGGAAUUGGGGCUGUGCGGAUCGGCUCACCCAUUAUGCAGGUGGGGAAACCGAGGCACGGGGCAGCAUCCCUGAAAGGCCAGGGGAGGCACCAACCAUGACUGAGAGCCAUAGAUAGAACCCAGGAGUCCUGGCUUCUGCCCCGCAACCACUAGACCCCACUCCCCUCCCACAGCUGGGGACAGAACUUAUCCCAUCCCCCCCCUCCCCCCCCCAGCCAGCCGGUCCCACGCCCUGGGACCGGAUCAGGGUCAGCGCCCCCUAGUGGGGAAAGGCCCCGUGCCCCAUUCCCUGAGCAGCCCUGCUCGGAGGCUUCGGGGUGGCCCCACCCCAGGAACAGGCUGCCCCGGAUCCCAGAUAAACACCCCAGCGUCGCCUCUCACCCCCUCCGGGGGGUGAAACUGCCGCCUGCCUGCAGUGCAAAUCCUGCCACGGGGAGUUUGGGUGCUCGGUGGAGACAGAAGUGAGGUGCCGCGAGGGGGAAUCCAGCUGCCGGACAGCUGUGCGCAGCGCCGCCGUGUCCUUCCUGCGCUUCCAGGCCGUGUCCAAGGGCUGCGCUCGCCGCUCGCGGCCGGACGAGGCGCUGGAGCUGAGCUCGCACCUGCUGGCGCUGGCCUACCGCGCCCGGCACUGCCAGGGGGACCGCUGCAACGCCGCCAGCCUGGCCCCAGAGCCGGCCACCCCCAACCAACUGAGCUGCCAUGCCUGCACCUCCCAGGGCGCCUGGUGCCCCCUCUCCGCCCGCACCCAGCUGGGGUGCACCGGGGCACAGGACCAGUGCCUGGACCUGGACAUCACCGGCACCCUGGGUGAGUUCACCAACAUGAAGCUGAAGGGCUGCGCCAGCCUCCCACGCUGCCAGGACGGGCUGGGCUUCUACGCAGGCACCCGCGCCAUCCAUGCCCGCUGCUGCGACACGCCCCUCUGCAACCACCUGGACACAGAUUUCCUCGUAGAGGGCGAGCCGCACAACGGGCUGCGGUGCUACAGCUGCGUGGACGAGGACGGUGUCGGCUGCACCAGCAACUCGAGCUCCAUGGUGCCCUGCAUGGGGCACCACACCAUGUGUCUGGAGGGGAUCGGCCGCAGCCGCACCGGUGGCGCCGAUUCAGGCCUGGUGACCUUUAAGGGCUGCGCCACCCCGGCCAUGUGCCAGAGCUCGCUGCUGGCCCUGGUGCAGGAGCUGGACGAGGCCGAGGUCUAUUGCUGCACCGGGAGCCUCUGCAACACCCGCAUCAUGGACGGGCGGGUGGCCGAGGGGCGGCCCAGCCACCCCACCCCCGCCGGCCCCGUGACACGCCUCCCCCCCGCCCCCACCCCCGAGCCAGACUGCAUCCUGGAGGAAGACGAGGAGGAGGAGGACGUGGUCCCCGUUGCCGGGGGCCACCCUCCGUUGGCAGGGAGCCACGGCGACCGGGAGGCGGAGACCACCAAGAGUUCCGAAGGGCGGGGCUUGGAGGAGGGAGGGGCCUUUGCCGCCGGGGACCACGCCGUGGUGCCGACAGGCGGACCGGGUGUCACCCCGCCCCCCGGCCACGUGGCGACAGGCGGCCACGGGACCGCGUCUGCCGAAGGCCGCGACAACGCCGGCUCCAGGGACAACGCCUUCAGCGCGGGAGGGGUCUUUUCCGAGAGCAACGCCCCGCGGCCGACGGGCAUCCCUCCCCCCGAUCCCGCGGCUACAGGCGGCCCCGCUGCCGUCGUCCUGGAGGGGAGCAGCCGCUCGGAGCCCGGCACCACCGAGACACCGGAGAACGCCCGGGAGACUCCAGCGGGCGCCGGCCUGGCCCACGCAGAGGAGGAGGAAGAGGAGUGCGAGGAAGAAACCAAUUACUCUGCCCGGGACCACAUUACUGGUGAGGCCUUUGCCUCCGCCAGCGAGUCCCCGCGGCUGGACCACAGAGACGGCUCUACCGAGGCAUCAUCCCACAUCAGAGCCACCACAGGUCUCGGUGCCAGGGUCUUCGUUGCCGAAAGAGAUGGCCACAGCUCUGCCGAUUCACUGUCCGGUGCCGGCAGCGCCACGGUGAGCCCCAGCGACGGGGUCGUUGCCGAAGGAGCUGGCCAUGGCGCCACCAGUUCACCAUCUCUCUUUGCCACAGGCAGCUCCGGCACCGAAAGUCGCACCGGGUCAGCCAGAGAGAGCUUCGUGGCCGAGGGCAGCGCCACCUCGGCCCCUGACCGCUCAGCCGCGGCCUCUGGUGAGGCCCGCAGCACCGACGGCCCGACUCCCGGCUCCCCCGGCAACCGGAUCGACGCCGUAGCCCACAUCCCCUAUCUCGCCACCAGGCAGAAUGAGAGCUUCUCUGAGGACAAGGAGGGAGGUUCCAGCCAGCCCAGCACCACUGCGACCAGCCCCACCAGCACCGUCCUGGCCCCCGGAGGAGCCAGUGCCGGGUCCCACCGGGGGAAGAACAAGACCCUCUGCACCAAGCGCCCGGGAGUGGCUCUGGUCGACCACGGCCUGUCCUCCCAUGACAUGCCGGUGCAGGCCGGGCACGCCGCCCCUCCCAGCGCCCCAGCGACAGUCAGCAAGCCGGAGGGCUCGUUGGAGCGCACCGCGGGCGACCGGGACGGGCCAACCAUCUCCUUCCCCAUCACCGUGGAAACGCCCAACAACUCCCCGCGCGGUCCCCUGGGCAACGCCAGCGCCCCGGGGCUGGACCCGGUGGAGGGGCUUGAGAAGAACGCCAGCGGCUGGCUGUACACCAACACCCCGGGGAAGCCGCGCCCGCCCUACCCCAGCGGAGCCUCUGGCCUUGGCAGCUACCUUGGCCUCGUCACCCUCACGCUCCUGCUCACGGUACUGCUGCACUGAGCCCUGCGGGGAACCCAGGAGUCCGGGCUCCCAGCCCCCCUGCUCUAACCCACUAGACCCUGCCACUCCCUGCCCAGAGCCAGGGAGAGAACCCUGGCGUCCUGGCGUCGGUUCCACCCAUUGCCACCAUAGCAUCCGGAGCCUGCAGCCGAGCGGAGGGAGAGCCCUGGCCCGUACCGGAGCCGGUCGCCUGAGUCCUUUUGCGCUUGCCUGAGGGCACAUCUGUGAAAGUGACAGUACUGCCCCCUGCUGGCUGGAAUCGAAACUGCUCCCCCUGUGUGUCAUAGACCCCAUAUUGCUAGUGGCAGAGGGAGAUUUCCCUCCUAGAACAGGGGGCUGGGAGCGCCGUAGUGGCUGCUGCUCCGAGGGGCCCUACCCACUCUAUAGGUAGAUAUGUACAGAUUGUCUCCAGCUGUAGACAGCCCUGUGAUAGCUCCAUUAACCCUUGAGAUGCUGGAGGGUUUUUUUUUUUGCCUGUUAAAGGCCUGGAUUGGAAGAGGGGGUGCUACACAACACAACACAACACAGCACAGCACUGCCAGACCGCACAUCCAUAGGGCCACACGGGCAGACAACAUACAAACGUCCACACCCCCACACCCAUACACACACACACACAAUCCAAACACACGCACCUGGCAGACACACAAACACAAGUACACACGAGGCAGGCAGCGUGUCCAGACACACACACACACGAGUUUAUUUUGCUAUCUGUGAAGUCUCCUAGGGCUUAAAUAUUUAUUCAAGAGGAACUUUAUCCUAUCAGACAACAGCCCCUGGGGAUGGAGGGAGGGGGUCUCUCCCGUUUGCCCCCUUCCCCUUAGUGCCCCAUGUUGCAGGGGAAAGGGGGUGGCGUGGUCUCACCCCUCAGCUGGUUGGCUGCCGAUGGGGCCAGUUACUGCCCUGGGGGGGGUGGAUUACCCACCACCCCCUCUCCCCCAGCAUCGCCCCAGCCAGUUCAAUGAUCCCCCCUCCGAGUUGAUGCUUAAUUUAUUGCUGUGUCCUUUGGCGCGGGGACGGGACCGGAGCCCGGCGCAGUCCGGCUCGGCUCCCCUCUGCUCUGCCCCCGCGGCGCCCCUUGCCUGCAGGGCGCCCAAUAAAGACCUUUCCUUCCUA